AUGUUUGGCAAGGGGAGAAUCAAACCAGAAGAGAAGGUAGCUUCAGCUCUCCUUUAUGCAACUAUUUUUGGAAACGUCACUACCAUUUUCCAGCAAAUGUAUGCCAACACCAACCGAUACCAUGAGAUGCUGAACAAUGUGAGGGAUUUCCUAAAAUUAUAUCAAGUCCCAAAAGGCCUUAGUGAAAGAGUCAUGGAUUAUAUUGUCUCAACCUGGUCCAUGUCUAAAGGAAUUGACACAGAGAAGGUUCUCUCAAUUUGCCCAAAGGACAUGAGAGCAGAUAUUUGCGUGCACCUAAACCGGAAAGUUUUUAACGAGCACCCUGCCUUCCGGCUGGCUAGUGACGGCUGCCUUCGAGCCCUGGCUGUGGAGUUUCAGACGAUCCAUUGCGCCCCGGGAGACCUCAUCUAUCAUGCUGGGGAAAGCGUUGAUGCUCUUUGCUUUGUGGUCUCGGGAUCCCUAGAAGUCAUCCAGGACGACGAGGUGGUGGCUAUUUUAGGUAAAGGUGAUGUGUUUGGUGAUAUCUUCUGGAAGGAAACCAGUCUGGCCCACGCAUGUGCCAAUGUACGGGCUCUGACAUACUGCGAUUUACAUAUUAUUAAACGAGAAGCCUUGCUUAAAGUGUUGGACUUUUAUACUGCUUUUGCAAACUCAUUCUCAAGGAAUCUCACGCUCACCUGCAAUUUGAGGAAACGG